GGUCGGGCACCGUGGUCAGCUGGGACACUGCGGAACCCGCUCCGGGGCCCUGCGGGGCCGAACAGCUGAAGCGGGCAUUGCCGGGGUACCUUGGUCCGGCGCGCGGAGGGGAACGAGGCGCGCGGGGGCCGCAAGACGGCAGAGAGGUCGAGCUCCUGAUGACCCCGAGGUGGCUGGGACAGUGAGGUUGAGAGUGAAAGGGCGGAAACUGUUUUGACUUGUAAGUGGUUCACUCUCAUUCCCCGCACGCCGAGGUUCUCAGAGUCACCUGGCUGGUGGUAGCUUCCUUUGGGCACAGACCCCUUCACUGCUGGAGCGGAGUCUGACAUCCACGCUCUCUCUCAAGACAUAGAGGUUUUGGACUGUCCCAUACCCAGGGUCAGGAUGCUGCCCCGCGGUCAUGCUCUGGCGGUAGCAGUUGUCCAGAUCUUUAUCUUCUCAGAAAACCGAGUAUUGGCCAAGAACAUCAACUUCUAUAACGUGAGGCCUCCUCUUGACCCGACACCAUUUCCAAACAGCUUCAAGUGUUUUACCUGUGAAAAUGCAGGGGAUAAUUAUAACUGCAAUCGAUGGGCAGAAGACAAAUGGUGUCCACAAAAUACACAAUACUGUUUGACAGUGCAUCACUUUACCAGUCAUGGAAGAAGUACAUCAAUCACCAAAAAGUGUGCCUCCAGAAGUGAAUGUCAUUUUGUUGGCUGCCACCACAGCCGAGAUUCUGAACAUACAGAGUGUAGGUCUUGCUGUGAAGGAAUGAUCUGCAAUGUGGAAUUACCCACCAACCACACAAACGCGGUCUUCGCUGUAAUGCACGCUCAGAGAACGUCUGGGAGCAGCGCCCACACACUCUACCUGCCAGCGCUUGCCUGGGUCUUCAUGCUUCCAUUGAUGUGAUGCCGUUAUUCCUAGGAGAGGCAGAGACCAGCAUUCUGAAGCACAAACUAAAAACUGUGUAAACAGUGAACUUUUGAGCAAAGACAAAUCUUGCAAUUGGUGAGGAGUGCUGUUGUUUGCUUAUCUAAAAUGCUCUUGCAUGAGGCCGUGGGAUUGAGGAAGGGAAUGUGGCCCGGGCUGAGGGCAUUAUCUGGCUUCCAGGCCUCCUGGUCAAAAAGGCUGCAUUUUGUCACUUUUGCGGGAGGAUCCUGCUGGCAUCUACAAUGGACGGGUUGUGGUAGCCUGUCUUGUCCCUGCUCGACCAGGCCUUUAGCUGAAAGGGCUCCUUGACCUCCCUGACUCCUUUAGAGGCUGCUGGCUCAGAUCCUCUUAUUCUGUGAUUAGCUUGGAGUGUCUAGGAAAUCUAAACCUUGCCCCAAUGAGUAAGCAAUUUCCCUGACAAUGUGUAGUAAUGGGAAAGGCAAGUAAAGGAGGAAAACUUCCGGUUGAACUACUAUGAAACUCAUUUGCUAAUUGUGUGUGGGGGGAGGGGAAUAAAGCUUUUAAAUUAUACAGUGUAAAAUGCAUGCUUGUGUAUUUCUUGACUU